AUGUCUUGUUUUCCACUAUUUUGGAUUUUAUCAUCAUAUUCUUCUCUAAUAAACGCUAAAAAUAUUGAAAAUGACGCUGUGAUUUCCGCUAGUAAUGCUAACUACAAUAUAAUCGGACGACAGUUGUACUUGCGCAAAAAGCGAUCGCCAUCAUACAGAAAGUCAACAAGUCAGUAUCCAAAUAUGCUAAUUAAUUCCAAGCCUCUCAAUGAGUACAAGAAAAAAUUGGUGACAGAAGAGCAUAAUAGACUUAGGCGAAUUGUGCCAGCGACGGAUAUGAGACUAAUGUAUUGGUCAGACGAACUGGCGAUGAGCGCUCAAACACACGCUAACAGAUGCGAUUUUCGACAUAGUCAUGACAGAGUAAAUGUUGGUGAAAAUAUUUGGGCUGCACCAUACAGUAAUUAUACAGGUGCUGUAACACGAUGGUUUGACGAAGUAUACGAUUCUGAAUGUAAUUGCAAACAUGCUUAUAAGCAUUGCUGUGGACAUUAUGUACAGGUCGUCUGGUCGCAAACCAAUUUGAUCGGUUGCGGUUUUGCGCAGUGUCGAGAUAUCUGGGGUGUGUUAAAUCGUGGUCAUCGAUAUAUUUUUGUAUGCCAUUACAAUCCUCAAGGAAAUACGGUUUAUGUUACUAGUAAAGGCCUAUUUGCGGCACCAGCAUUUACUUGGGCUGGUGAUAAGUCAAAAUGCAGCGACUGUCCAUCAGACGCACCAAUUUGCUAUAAAGGUCUCUGUGCUACUUCGAGUUCUAAAUAG